AUGGUCGCGGUGGCCCUCAAUCACGACGGGGAAGGGCUCAUACUUUUCACUCCGGGCGUGUCCGCCUCGCCGGAAUUACUGCGGACGCCCGAGUCCCACUUCAAUUCCAACUUUGCCCAACACCCUCUCCGUUCUAUCAUGGCCAGAACUAAAAGGAGCGGUUUGGUGUCACUGGCAUGCACCGAGUGUCGGAAACAGCAUCUGAAAUGUGAUGCGCACAGGCCGACGUGCUCGCGCUGCGUCCAGCAAGGUUACUUUUGCCAGUAUCUUCCUUCAAGACGAGGCGGCCGCAGGAAACCCCGACAGGACUCCGAUCGCCGGCUACCGUCAUCCAACAACCCCGAUGAGUUGAAUACUACAUCGUCCCACGAUCUUGCGUCGGAGUUGAUGAAAGAGAUGCAGCCUGGGUAUCAGGCUCCUCUCGUCUUGCCCGUUUCCCGGUCGGAACAUCCAGAUACGCCAGAUAGCACCACCCCCCAACGUGGAACUGGGUCAGUCUCUUGGUCGAUAACUACUCCGAGGAGUGGAUUGAAUCAAGAACAAUUCCAGCCUACACGGGACCUGUGGUUUCACGAUGAUCGCUUUCUCCGGCUCUUCUAUGAAAACUUCCAUGUCGCUCAUCCGAUCUUGGUGCCCAGUGCAGUCUAUCAUGAUCGGCAGUACCCGGAUUUUCUGCAGCUGGUCGUGAAUUUCGUUGGAUCUCACUACAUCCCAUCAAGUCCUACUCAAGAAUACAAGGACAAAGUUCUUGCCGAAUUGACUUGUCAUACCGACCGAUCACCAUGUAUGGUUCAGGCUUGGUUGAUAUACUCAAUUGCGAUUUACGCCCGUGGAGAAUGGCAGGAGGCGCAGGACGCCUUCUCCCAUAGUGUGGAGAUUGCUUUGGAAAUUGGCAUGAACCGUCGCGAAUUUGCCAUGACUGGACGCCCCGAGAAUAGUAUUGAGUCCGAGAGCCUCCGGAGGACCUGGUGGGAGCUUUACGUGACUGACAUCUUUAUCGCCGCUCCGUCCAAGAGUAAUACCUUCCUUUGCAGCUCAAUGGCCCCAGAAGUGGGUCUACCUUGUGAAGAGUCUGUGUAUACAGGAACAUGCGAUAUUCCAGCACCCCGGAAAAUCCUUGACUUCAAACGCCGCAUCUUUGCGCCCGAGGAAACCGUCUUCUCCUCCUUCAGCUAUCGCAUCGAGGCUACUACCAUUCUUUGCAGAGCGCUUGUCUUGAGUAGACUUCGAGACUACCAUCGCGAUCAUCUCCAAGCGGUUGAAAAUGCCCUUGUCAGCUGGGUCAAUCAUUUGCCUCCUAGAAAGCUGGACAUUGUCGAUUCGUACGGCAACAUUGAUGAGAUGAUGUUCCAAGCGCACGUUACGAUCGGAUAUGCCACCAUGCUUCUACAUCUUCCCCGAAGCGAUCUCCAACCUGUCUUGUCCCAAACAAAUGACCUAUUCUGGCCCGUUGCUACUCGUCAUAUGGCCUCUACGCUGAAUCGUCCGGUUCACAGCAUCAAAGCUACCGAGGCUUCCAGACGAAUCUCCGAUGCCAUUUCUCUCUGCCCGAACGUUCUCAAACAUUCCCCCUUUGUGAUACCAGCUUUGGCACUUUGUGGAAUGAUUCAAUUGGCCACUUCGGUCAAGCACACCGAAGAGUGCUUCGACCAUCAUUACAAUCGAGUUACCCUUAUACUCGGGUGUCUGAAGAGUACGAAACGAAUAUGGGGUCUCGCGGAUGCUGCCUACAACCACCUACGCACCUCUGCAGCAGACGCAUUGUCAGAUUCGAUGGAGCGAUGGAGCACGGAGCCGCUUCGGAAGUUCUUCCCUACAGAUUCAACACCUAGCAGUGCCGAGCGCACGACAGCUCAGCCAUCACGGCCUACAUCGGCUAUUUCAGAGGGCCAGGAUUUGAUGUUUCCCCCAAUUGUGCCUGCCUUUAUCGAUCCUACGUGCUACAAUGAUUCAUUCUUCACUACCAUCCCGGAGUUUGAUAUUAGCUAA